UUUGCUAUCCAUUGUGCUGCUGUCACUUCUACUCGUAUAAAUCAAAGUGUGGCACAUAAUCAGCCGGCCACUGCUACAAAGUAAAUCUGUUUGAUGCUUUCACUGUUUGGUGAAAAAUAUUUUAAGGCUGCGUUCAUGUCGUUUCUGCUUUUCUACAUCUAUUAUACAUCACAUAUUGUCAGUGGAAACUAGAUAUAAUAACUGGGCCACAAAUCUAUACAGUAUGUAAACAGCGCUCUGAAGUAUUUUUACUAAAAGGCUGGAGUGUACGUCAUCAGGGAGGUCUAGGCAAAAACAUGACAUGUGGAAGGAAAUAUUCACCUCUAACCAAUCAUUACAUUAUACACACUUUUGCUUUUUUUCAAAUUACAUCACCAGCUCUGCCUUUCUUAAAAUUGAAAGUGGAAAACUUGUCUACAGUCCAUACAGUGUUAGGUUGAAUAGAUGCUACACGGAAAUGCGAAACAAUGACUUAGUCUGCAUCUGGUUCCAACAUGCGUGAAAUGUUAAAUGUAACUGUUUAGUGCCAGUUGAUAACUUGAGGACACGUGGAACCCCUGUUUUCAGCCUUUAAGUCUUCCAGCCAGUGUCUACAUAGUUACAUCAGGUGCUCUGUAUUGGUCUCUAAAGGAGUAUUGGAUUUCUUAUGUAAACCCAUUGACUUGUUUUAUUGUUAUUGCAGUGCAAAAAAUACAUUGCCAGGUAAGUGAAAAGCUCAUUAAUAGGUGUGUGGAUGUAGUGAUCCAUCGUUUCCUUUACGCACUUCCUCCCAAUGCAUCCGUCUACCAAUCAAUCAGUGAACACUGUUGAUUUUAGGCCCUAUCGCUUACACCAAACUUGUGGUAUAAAAGGGCAGAUCUGCUCAGAAUCUCAAACAUUGCAACUAAACUCUCCUCGGAUUUCAUUGUGUACAUUUCUCAUCCUGUCCUCACAGACAUGUCAGGGAAAGUCAUUGUGGUGUUUGCACUGUUGGUUGCAGUGCUAGUAUUCGGUGCAUCCGCCACUCCUCAAUCCUCUGCCGCUGCAGAUACUAGUGUACUACAGCAGCUUCUCGCCAAGAGGGAGAAAGUGAGAGAGUUGGCUGGCAGACAGGAGCCGGAGUCUCAGACUCACUCUGCAAGGAUGGAGAGACGGGCACACCUAUCUGAGGAUGAACGCGAGACUAUGACCAAGAGAAUAAUGCAAGCAAUUUCAGAGAUGAUGAACUCAGAGUGCAUGUCAGAUCGAGACUACCAGGGCUGGGUGGACUUUGGACGCCGGGACGCAGAGUGAGACCCAACAAUGCCAAAAACAACCCGAGCGCUAAGACUCACUGCUUCAUGUUCAUAAUU